GCGCAGCAGCAACUCAGUGGACUAGUCUGGCGUUCGCUGUGCAUCUCCGGACGCAACAUCGCCCGUUAGCUGAACUUUCAACAGACAUCUCAUCUUCAGGAACUGGGAAACAAAAAUGGGUUGCUUCGAGUGCUGCAUCAAGUGUCUGGGCGGGGUGCCGUAUGCAUCGCUCGUGGCCACCAUCCUAUGUUUCUCCGGCGUGGCCCUGUUCUGUGGCUGCGGCCAUGUGGCCCUCACCGGCACCCUUACCAUCCUGGAGAACCACUUCUCCAAAGUCACCUCUGACCACGCCAUGCUGACCGACGUAAUACAGCUGAUGCAGUACGUCAUCUAUGGCAUCGCCUCCUUCUUCUUCCUCUACGGGAUCAUCCUGCUGGCAGAGGGCUUCUACACCACCAGCGCUGUGAAGGAGCUGCACAGCGAGUUCAAGACCACCAUCUGCGGACGCUGUAUUAGUGGCAUGUUUGUGUUCCUGACCUACAUCCUGGGUAUCGCCUGGCUGGGUGUGUUUGGUUUCUCCGCCGUGCCUGUCUUCCUCUUCUACAACAUCUGGUCCACCUGCAACGCCAUGAGGUCACCUGUGGCUAACCUCACCAACGUGGACACCAUCUGUGUCGACGUUCGUCAGUACGGUAUCAUCCCCUGGAACGCAUCGCCAGGCAAGGCUUGUGGGUCCACACUUGGAGACAUCUGUAAUACCAGUGAGUUCUACCUGUCCUACCACCUGUACAUAAUAGCAUGUGCUGGAGCCGGGGCCACCGUCAUUGCUCUGAUCCACUUCCUCAUGAUUCUCUCAGCAAACUGGGCCUACCUAAAAGAUGCCAGUCGCAUGCAUGCCUACCAAGACAUCAAACUGAAGGAAGAACAGGAGCUGCAUGACAUCACGUCUCGUUCAAAGGAAUGCCUCAAUUCCUACACAUAAGGAUUACGCCCUGGUCCACACACACACACACACACACACACACACACACACACACACACACACACACACCGACACACACACACACAUGCCAUCACAGGCGGUCUGACCAAGAGAACCCAUAACCUGCCAGCUGCCCUCAUUCAGCGCAGUGCUAACGUGGCUCCUAACAAACUAAUGCAUCAAUGUCUCUUUCUACAACUAACUGAUCAAAACGUCUGUGUCAGAAUCUCUGUUUUGUGUUUUGUGUGUGGAUAUACUUUUGUUUUUAUUUUUCUAAUUUUCAUAGGAAUGUUUUUGUUGCGAUUUAUUAUUUAAAUUUUUUUAUAACCAGUGAUUGCUGGUGAACUUGAAACAUUGCACUAUUCUAAAACAUGAAGGAAAUAAAUCAUGAAGCUUGUUUUAGAGUGUUCUGUUAUGAUUCUGGUCUGACUGUCGGCCAUUAUGAAUAAGGAAGAGCGGGAAGUUCUUGUCUUUUUUUAAUCAAAGAUGCCGUUUUGAUUACACCUCAUAGCACAACAUGGAACACCUUACAACAUCACAGAUAUAUACAAGUGGUGCAAUGUGCUGUUGCUAAUUGCAAACCAGUUUGUUCCUCCUGGCUCUGAAUGGAGAGCACGUGAAGAGGAGGAAUGUAAAGGCAGAACAACAUUCUAUUGUGCAACAGAACAUGUAUGUGUUGGGCUUCUUUGACAAGGUGUUUACGUUACCCCUCUACCCAUUUCAAACUGUUAGGGUUUAAAAAACGGUUCUCUUGCUAGUAGUUUGAGUUUAAAUAGGUAUGAUCAUUCUGAUUCUAGAAUUUCAUAAGUUACAUUCCAACUAAAAUGUUAAUAUUUGAAUUGAAACGGUAAUAAUGAUGUAAAAUCCUAAUUCCCUAAAAGAGGAACUACCUCAUGCAUACGCAGGUACACUUACUGAACAUGCACAGGUAUUUUAGCUGAGAUAACCACAUGCCCAUGUAACUGUAAACAAACCCGUGGCGUUUUUUAAAUUUUAUUUGAGUCAUUUUAGGAGGAAUCCUUUACAUUUUUAGUCCUUAAACUUUGAGUCCUUACACCAUUAGUCCUUACACCAUUAGUCCUUACACCAUUAGUCCUUACAAUUUUAGUUUAUUUAUUUAUUUUACCCUGGCAAGUGAAUGGUGCCAAUAAGAAUUAUACAGUUAGACUGACCAAAAUAUUUCAUCUUAAUACAUGGCCAUUGUGUGAUUCCACGGUUAAUAAUUAGUAUCGUUUUAGUUUUUCAAAUGCAGCAUUUUUAUAGAUCGUCUACAUAUAAUUUAAAAUGUCUUGAUUAAUGUCUUUGUGAGAUGAAAAAUAAAGGUCAAAUUUGACAAUUUAACAUGAGGAUGGUUUGUUGCACAGAGGGGCUUGUAUGUCCAAAGUAGUAUUGGGAUGAAUAAAUGCUUCUCAUUGUAUAGUGUAUGAUCUUCCACAGUUCAUCCCAAAUUCCCAUGUGUGACUCGAAAUUCCCCUUUGCGAUUGUCGAAUCUUUAUCCCUGUAACUACAAGAUACAACAGGCUUACAUUUUACUUGGUUGAGAGAAAACUAGUGUUCUGAAACGAAAUGUUCAUGUGCUUUGUUACCAUGGCAAACCUUGUGAUUUAGACAGUGCACGUUAACUGUUCUCUGUUCAGGCUGAGAUAACUCUGUGUUAGGGUGUUGAUCUGUACAAUUGAAACAUGUUACAAGUCAGGAGUUUUUUGUUGUUGUGAUGUUUCAAUCUUGUUUUUUUAUUGAAGAUAUAACCACUUAAAAGAACAAACAAAAAAAAUGUUUUCUAAAUCUCUUGAAUUUUAUUUCAGUAUUGUUUUUUUUAAACGUGCAAUUGGUCAAAUACUGUCAUCAUUACCGUUGCAAUCUUUAUCUGUUAUUUAGAAGAGACUAACAGGAAUAAUGACAUUUAUUCAUUAGUGCAUUAUUAAGGAUAAACUGUUUCUGCAGUGAUACAGGUGAUGUGUAGUCAUUUGUACUGACAACUAUGGUAGGCAGUGUUUGCCGGUUUCCAGAGGACAAUUUAGUCCACUGUAUGUCAUUGUAGUCCACGGUGUUUCUUAGUUCUGAAGUAUAUAACUCCUCUAUAGUAUUUUCUAUUAGUGUCAAGGUCUUCCUUGGGAAUUUAUUUCAGGUAAUACUUACCUUGUCACAGUAUUCUGAAUAUUGAUCAUCACACCUCACCCUACGAUUGAAAAUGCCAAUCUGACCAUGAAUGGAAUACGGUUCGGCCAAAGUUUAGAAGCCACUGUAUGUCUUGAUUGUUUUGUAAACAAAGUGGCCUCUGAAAUAUAAUAUAACAGAUUCAAAAGGUUUGUAGUGGCCUGCAGGAAUAUGACUUUGAUGUGAAUUGAAUGACAUUACCGUCCCAUCAUGCAGUGCUUCCUGUGUAUAAUGUACCAAAAAAGAAUAGUAAUCAAAAUGGCUACCGAUCAAACACCAGGAGGACACCAAUCCAACGUCCUGGCUGGGAUCCCCUUUGACAUUUCUCUCUCUCUAAUUGUUUUUAUGAAAAUAAAAAAUAAAAAUAUGUACUCCUAAA